CAGCUGAGACCGUGACGCAGAGAGGUUACGCCUUGCCGGGUGCGUUUAAUACGCUUCCGCUUGAGCGGGUGGUCCGAAAGGUGGCUGUGUGUGUUUAUGAGUGCCCAGAUUUUGGAUUGUGUUUCCUUUCUGAGGUAAUUUAAUGCGAGCCGAAGUUAUUCCGCUGUUAAAGAAGAUGUGGGGGAGUCCGUGGCUUUUUCAGUUCCUCUGAAGAUAAUUUUUCCCCCCUCCUGGAUGAAAGCAGGUUAAGCAGUUCUCAAAAUGGGGACACCUAUAUUGAACCAAUCUAGAUCAUUAUCCUGCGCUCCAGAGAAUUGUGAGAAUUCUGUUCAAAGCAGAAGCUUAGGGAAACAGUUAAUGAGUGCAACCCUACGAGAACGGUUGAAGAAAACAAGAAGAUCUUUUCAUUCAAAUUUUAUUGUUGCCAAACAACUUAAAAUAGAUGAUGAAAACAACAGUAAUCAGAAGGAGAAAACUUUAUCUAAAGAAGAACCAUGUUCUGUAUUACAUGCUGAGGAUGAGUGCUUGAAAAAAGUUCCUGAUGAAACUAUGUGUUCAAAGAGUUCUGCAGAAGACAGCGCACUAUCUGAAUACAAUGGAUAUAAUAAAGCUACGCACAAUUCUUCAGAAAUUAAUUUGUUGGGUACAGACUGUAAACAAUGGGAGCUGUUAGAGGAAAAGAUGACACUAAUGAAGCAGCUUCAGGAAAAAGAGGACAUUCUUCGAAGACUUAAAUUGGUCAAACUAUAUAGAACAAAGAAUAACCCAGAAGAGUUACAGUUUCUGAUAUCAAAAUGGAGAAAGAGUUCACAAGCAAUUCUAUAUGAGCUGCAGUCAGCCUUAUCUACUGAUAACAAGAAAUUAAGUCUGACUCAAUUGAUUGACAGUUUUGGAUUAGAUGACAAACUCUUACAUUAUAUCCGAACAGAUGAAGAUUUUACAGAUCCAUAAAAAUUAGUAUUUUAUUUCACUCUUAAAAAUAUAUCAAAAGAUGACUAUUUUCAUCUAUCCCUCUUUAUAUAAUACAUUAAACUCCAACACUCUGCUGUUAUGUCCCUUUUCAUUUGUCAACUCAGUCUCUCUUCAAAUUGCAAUUUUUUAGCCAAUUUCUUUUGCCAAGUUGCUUUAGGAUCCUUCUCCAUACGUAAGGAUAUAUUUCUGUUCCUUUUUGAGUUUUUUAAAUUCCACUGCGUAUCUUUUAGUUUUGUAAAAGUGAAAUGUCUAAAUAUUCCAGUUUUAGUAUGACAACAGUAAUAUGUUACAAUACAAACUGGUAAAUUUAUUUAAAUUCAUUGUGAAUAUAAAUAUGUUGAAGUGAUCAAAAUGAAUUAUGACACAAUAUUUAUAAAACUAUCUUAAUGUAAUAAAGAAUAAAGUUGAAAGAGAAA